UGAGAUACACUCAAACACUCUCAAAAGCUAAUUGCUCUGCCAAAUAAAAAUGCUUGUCGGCUCGCAUCCGUAUCUAUGCAAUGGCGUUCUGCCGCCCGUUGUUGCCACAAACAACAACAACAACAACAACAAUGGAGCCACGGCAACGGCAACAACAACAACAACAGCCACAGCGGGCAGCAAAAGUGCCGCCGGCUCCGCAACGGAUUUCUCAAUAGCCGCUAUUAUGGCACGCGAGGAAACCUCCAGUCGCGAAUCCUCGGUGCGCAGUGCAAGUCCCAUUUCUGUUGAGGAUGAGGUCGAUGUGGAUGUUGUUGACUGCAGCGAUGCUGAGGAGCCGCCAGCCAAGGCGCGACGCCUUAACCACCAUCAUCAUCAUCAUCAUCAUCAUCAGCAUCACCAACAUCAUCAGCAGCAGCAGCAGCACAGUCACAACAACAACAGCGUGUCACACAAGAGUCGCAAUGGCGCCGUCGCCGCCGCCGAAUCCCAGCUAAACACAAGCUCCACAAGCAGCCAAGGACGCUGCUCAACGCCGCCACAAUCGCCGGGCACGGAGGACAGCGAGGAGCGUUUGACGCCCGAACCGGUGCAAAAGGCACCCAAAAUUGUCGGCUCGUGCAAUUGCGAUGAUCUGAAGCCGGUGCAAUGCCAUUUGGAGACCAAAGAGCUCUGGGAUCGCUUUCACGAGCUGGGCACCGAAAUGAUCAUCACCAAAACGGGCAGACGCAUGUUCCCCACGGUGCGCGUCUCAUUCUCUGGGCCAUUGCGUCAGAUCCAACCUGCCGAUCGUUAUGCGGUGCUGCUGGAUAUAAUACCGAUGGACUCGAAGCGCUAUCGUUAUGCAUAUCAUCGGUCCGCUUGGCUGGUGGCUGGCAAGGCAGAUCCAGCUCCGCCCGCCCGCCUCUAUUCCCAUCCGGAUAGCCCAUUCAGCUGCGAGGCGCUGCGCAAACAAGUUAUCUCCUUCGAGAAGGUCAAGCUGACUAAUAACGAAAUGGAUAAGAACGGACAGAUUGUGCUCAACUCGAUGCAUCGCUAUCAGCCGCGCAUUCACCUGGUGCGCUUGUCGCACGGCCAGAGCAUACCCAGCAAUCCGAAGGAGCUGCAGGAUCUCGACCACAAGACCUAUGUGUUCCCGGAGACGGUAUUUACGGCGGUCACUGCGUAUCAGAAUCAGCUGAUAACCAAAUUGAAAAUCGAUUCGAAUCCGUUCGCCAAGGGCUUUCGCGACUCGUCCCGCCUGACGGACUUCGAUCGGGAUCCAAUGGAGGCGCUGCUGCUGGAGCAGCAGCUACGCUCACCGUUGCGCCUCUUUCCCGAUCCGUUGAUGCAACAGUUUGCGGCACAGCAGGGCGCCGCCGAUCCCGCCUCGAUGGCGCUCUUCGAGAAGGCGCGCCAGCAUCUGCAAAUGUUCGGCGGCAACUCCCCCUACGCGCAGCUGAUGAUGCCCCAGAUGUAUCAGGCGGCAGCGGCGGCGCCGCCACCACCCGGCCUGGGCGCCUUUCACAUGUUCCAGCAGCAAUGGCCGCAGCUGACCGCCGGCUUUUUGGCCAGCGCCAAUCAGCAGGCAGCCGCUGCCCAGGCCGCCGCCCAAGCGCAGGCGCAGGCGCAGGCCGCGGCCGCUGCAGCAAUGGCCGCCAAUCGCACACCCCCGCCGCCGCCGACAGCGUCAACACCCUCGUCCACGUCGUCGGGAUCACCGUCGCCCGAUAUGCGACCGCGUCAAUAUCAGCGCUUCAGCCCGUACCAGCUGACCGCGCAGCAGGCAGCGCAGCCGCCGCCGCCAUCGACG